GCUUGCUGUCACGUCAUCUCUGGGUUUAUGGCUGAGCUGGAAAGUCCACAGCUUCAGUGUUUUGCUUUUUUGCUUUUCUUUCGUUUGGCGUUUUUGGACGUUUGGCGUUAAAUGGCGACUAAACGGUUACCAUGAAACUGCGCUUGCAGAAUGACAGAAGAGCUGUGAAAGUGAGGGAGUCUCCGACUGUCAUGCAGCCUAAUUCCAGCCAGGAGGCCACUCAUGCGAGAAAUGGUUUAUCCCUUACUCUGCAAGCAGAGCUUCCCACCGGGACGACGCCCUGCGGUGCCUCGGCCGCUGCCCACCCCGACACCAAUGAGGUGCGCGUAUCCAUGAGUGGCGGCGCACUGGGCGAUUCCGGCAGAGGUGCCUCUGCCAGGAGAUCCAGAGUCAACACCCACAGCCACGCCCAUUCCCACGGACACUCUCGUUGGCAGCGACACCCCGCUUCCGAGCCCGACUCGAACGACUCCGGCGAUCCGGACUCCGGAGAGCCCAGUACCUCACUGUCGGAGCUACGCUGCCUGUUUCGCUGGCUCCAAAAGAGUCUUCCUUUUCUUGUCAUACUGAGCGCUAAACUGGUCAUCCAGCAUGCGCUAGGACUCGCAGUUGGUGUUGGCCUCUUCACAACUUUUCUGUACGUGAAUAAAAGCAUCCAAACGCAAGUGUUUCUCCAGGAUCGACGUGCAAAGCUGCAUUGUGUGUGGCUGCUGCUGCUCCUGGUCUCCUCCACGCUCCUGCUUUACUACACCUUUCUCCCUCAGGCACUUUACAACUGCCUUUUAUUCCUCAGUCCAACUAUUGAGCCUCUGGGAUUCUGGGAGGUCCUGUGGGCAGUUGGCAUCACCAACUUCAUCAUAAAAUUCCUCUGUAUGGGGAUCAAGUGCCUUCUCUUGCUGCUGCCUGCUUCCCUGGUCAAUUACAGAGUACAGGGACGCUGGCUGCUGCUGAGCGAGGAAUUGGCUCAGGUUUACCAGGCCGUAGCCCCCGCGCCGCUCUGGUUCCGCUACCUUGUCACGUACCGGGAGGCCGACGGCGCCCCGGCGCUCACUGUGGGGGUUUUGCUGGCUCUGCUCUACCUUAUACUGAAGCUUUUAGGACUGUAUGGGCAGUGGACGUCUUUGCUGAAAACCGCGAGGAUCUUUCUAAAGAGCGAGCAUACAGGGACAGCAGCCACGAGGAGCCAGUGCACGGAGGCCGGAGACGUGUGUCCCAUCUGUCAGGGAGAGUACAGGGAGCCUCAAGCGCUCAUCUGUCAGCACAUAUUCUGUGACGAAUGCAUCGCUCUGUGGUUUAACCGGGAGAAGAGCUGCCCCCUCUGCCGCACCGUCAUCACAGAGAAGGUGUACGAGUGGAGAGAUGGAGCCACAUCCCCGCACCUGCAGAUUUACUGAAUGUCACCUUGCUUGAUUGUCCAACUUGUUCAACACUGUUCAUUUCUGGGGCCACUCACUGUCGUUAAAGUCCCUGUAAAGUGAAGCUACAUAUCAUAUAUACGCCAGACAGUGUGAACACCCCUGCCACAUUUGAGUGAUUAAAAAUAUUACCAAGUAUAUGAAAUGAGGCUUCAAAAUCAUGAAAAAUCAAGCCGUUCUCUCGGGUCUCAGACGAUCUUACCUCAUUCUUCCGCCUUCUCUCCCAUGACUCGAAUGCACUCACGGCCGACAACGCAGCGCUCUCAUGCGUCCACGCCAGCUGACGUAUUUGUGGGGUGCAGGCAUAGUUGGCUACCUAACUGCAUGUCGCACUGGCACCGUCUAACUGUUGAUGCAAACGAAUCAAGUUCUUGUAUAAAUGGGGAAGGGUGACUCAUGCCGAACUCCAAAAAGCACGAUGCGGCACUGUUUUAGCCACUCCCCAAAAAUCUGGAAAACUGAAAUGGCAUAAAGGCUUAACGCUGUAUCGCCACAAUUGAGUGAAGUGCUAUAUAUUUCUCUGUCUUUGCAGGUUUUUAGCAAUUAUCUUCAAUCGUAAAAUGUGUUUAGAAACAAAUCUCUGACUUCACUUUACAGGGUCUUUAAAUUCAAACGAUAGCUUACCCUAUGUUAAAUCCUCAAUUAUUUCACCCCCCGCCAUCUAGUUCAUGUUUGAUUUGCAUUGGAUUAUAUUUAUCCUCGGGCCUGCAUGUUGUUCUUCCAAAGUAUUCUUUGACUGUAAAUACAAGAAAAUAUUUUUUCAACCAUUUCCUGGGUAACAGUUUUCAAGAGAUAAUUGUAAAGUCUUAUCCAGCUCUACAUUUGAUCUAAUGAUGUGAGUUGGAGGUAAGCAGAUGUGCACGUACCUCUGACCCGAGUGAUUGCUGGUGACGCGUCUUCAUCUUCUCUUCAAGUUGCUUUGGAACUGCAGGCAAAUUGCACACUGCAAUGCCUUUGGAAGAGGUUCCACAAACUCCCAGCCAGCCUGUAUCAGGUGAUGAUGGACAGGCACGGUGCAUAUGUAAGCCUGGUGCUAUUUUUCUAGUUUAUAUCAAAAAAGUGCUGCAGCACAGCUCGCAAGAUUUUACAAGUUUUUGAAUAUUUUUACAGAGGCGAUGUAGCUUCCUUGUAAAAAAAAAAAAAAAAAAAAAAAUGCCCAAAGAACUAGAUAUAUUUUAUGUAAGGAAAUAGAUCCACUGUUUUUGUCCAUUUCACUCCAUGAACUAUCUGAAUAAAAUUUUGCAUUUGAAGGAUUGAUGUGUUUUAUCU